AUGGGUUGGCUGGCCAAGUACGACGUCGUCAAGGAUCUUGGUGAAGACCCAUUUUUCUUCCCACAUCAACCUGCAUUUCCCUCUGUACAUGAUUUCCGGGGGUAUGCAUGCGAUUGGCAAUUUGAUUUGCCAAUAGUACAAGAUCAUAGAUUUCCUGAUCCUCUUCCUUCACUCGAGAGCUGUGUGAAUAUUGAUCCCAUUUACUUCUCUCUUGACAUUCCACCAAUCCGAACUGUAUUGCAAGAUGAUGAAAUUUUCUACGGAAAUGGAAACGCGUUGUUUGGAGUUAAUUCUAAUGAUUUCUGUGGUGGGUUAACUGAGAUUAAUCACAAUCAUCAUCCGCAAUUUCAACAACAGCAGCAACCUCCAUUGCUUCUGACUUGCAAGAACGAUGAAAAUGGCAUUACGGACAUGAACGAUUCCCUGGAAGAGAGGGAUAAGGCGAUUAGUGAGAGGCCACACUCUUCUAAAAGACAUAGAUCAUCAAGCUCUUCCCUCUCUUCCUCCAAAAUGUUGUCAAGACAGACCAUUUCCCAGUACUUCUACAUGCCAAUCACUCAGGCUGCCAAGGAACUCAACGUAGGGCUAACUCUUCUGAAGAAAAGGUGUCGAGAGUUGGGCAUUCGUCGUUGGCCUCAUCGGAAGUUGACCAGCCUUCAAACCCUAAUCCGAAACAUUCAGGAGUUAGGAAAGGAAGGAGAGGAGGGCGAAGAGAAGCUUCGAAACGCGAUCGCGUUGCUGGAGAUGGAGAGGAAGCUGCUGGAGGAAGCGCCUGAUAUGCAGCUUGAGGACAAUACGAAGCGUCUAAGGCAGGCAUGCUUCAAAGCAAAUUACAAGAAGAGGAAGAUCAUGGGGACGAAGGUUAUGGAAAAAUCACAAUCAUCUUUUAGUUGCAGCAACAUUCAGUAUCCAACAAGUUCGAUGGAUGCUAACGAGGAAGACGAAGAAAUCAAGUCUCUAUUGUCUGACUCUUUUUCCUCGAAUAACAAUGCAUGCAUCACUCUAUUUUAAAUUUUAAUCAGUUGGAUUUUCUUUUUUAAUUUUAAUUUAUUUUUCAUGUUUUUGUUUUUAAUUUUCCUCAUUAGACUUCAUGUUUUUCAAUUUUAAUUUUAGUGAUAUAUUAUGAGGGUUUAACUUCAUGAGCAAUGGGGCUCUGAAUUGAAUACAGUUGGUCCAAAUCCAAAUUUAUGUUAUAUUCUGUUUUAAUACUUAAUUUUCACAAAAAGAAAAAUUCCACUUUGGCACAAGUUAUUUAAUUUUGAAUUUUUCCUCAAUAAAUUGAAUGUGAUAAUGGCAUUUUUACAUCAUGAUAUACGAAAAUUCUAAUUACAUUUUUACCAUAAAAUGUAAAUACA